AUGCGAUCCUCCCGUCGCCCGCUUCUCCCUCUUCCCCUCGCAGGCCUCCUGCGUCCUCGCGGGCGCUCGCCACGCAGCCUGGCGCUCAUGGCGGCAGCCUGGGCGAACCAGAGCUGGGCGCGCGAGUUCGUGCUGCUGGGCUUCGCGCACGUGCCCGCGCUGCGGCCGCUGCUCGCCGCGCCCUUCCUGGCCAUGUUCCUGCUGGCGCUGGGCGGCAACGCGCUCAUCGUGCUGCUCACCGGCCUGGACCCCGCGCUGCGCGCACCCAUGUACGUCUUCCUGCGCCAUCUGGCCCUGCUGGAGCUCUGCUUCUCGCUGGACGUCGCGCCCCGGCUGCUGGUGACGCUGCUGCGGCCCGGGCGAGGCGUGUCCGCCGCCGGCUGCGCGCUGCAGCUGCUGCUGGUGCUGUCGUGCGUCACGUCCGAGUGCUUCCUCCUGACCGCCAUGGCCUGGGACCGCUUCGUGGCCAUCUGCAGGCCGCUGCGCUACGGCGCCGUGGUCAGCCCGCGGCUGUGCAGCCUGGUGGCCGCCCCCUCAUGGCUGGCCGGGCUGCCCGUGGCGCUGGUCUUCACCGUGUGGCUGUUCUGCUUCCCUUUCUGCGGGCCCCGGGGCAUCCGGCACUUCUUCUGCGACAUCGCCCCGCUGCUGAGCCUGGUGUGUGCGGACACCAGACUCUUCGAGGCCAGCGCGCUGGCGGCCACGGUGCUGGUCAUCAUGGUGCCCUUCUGUCUCAUAGCCGCGUCCUACGCCGGGAUCCUCGUCGCCGUCCUGCGUAUGCCCUCAGCCGCCGGGCGCCGCAAGGCCCUGUCCACGUGCGCCUCCCACCUCAUCGUGGUGAUCCUGUUUUAUGGCACGACAGGUGUCAUCCACCUGCGCCCCAAGGCCAGCUACUCCCCGGAGAGCAAGCAGGUGGUGUCCCUGUCCUACACUCUGGUCACACCCAUGCUCAACCCCCUCAUCUACAGCCUCCGGAACAAGGAGGUGAAGGCUGCUUUGGGGCGAGUGUGCUGCGGUCGUCGGGUUUGUAACCCGUGA